AUGGCGUUCCCAACGGCGAAGGCAGCAGCGGUGCCUUCUCUGAAGGCGUGGUCACCGCCAAUGAGCACAAACGAGAUUCCCGAGCACUUGCCCACGGACGAGCCGAAUGUGCUGGUGCCGGUGCACAAGUACGUUUACGAUGUGAAGGCGUGUGCGUGGAAGGGGGUGGACACGAUGGUGCGCGUGUUGCACCCGAACCGUGGCGUCAGUCAGGGGACAAUGCGAGUGUGCUUUGCGUUAGAGGAGUUGGACGAGACCGGGUUCUGCUCCCACAUGGUGGCGAAGAUGUUUCGCCACAAUAUUUCACACGUCGUCGAGAGCGACUACUUCAACGAAGGUGAAGCGCAGUGCAUCUGCGGUAUUUUAGCAGAGAAAUUCAACAAGGUGCAGGUGCCGAAGAACUUUCAGCGGCACGUCCUCUCGUUCCUGCAGUGCGAGACGGUGCGUAUCAAACCGACUGAGAUGCCAGCGGCAUACCAGCACAAGCGGUUGGGCUUUUUCUCAUACCGCACCACCGACUCUGGCGACCUACUCUUCACGAUGGAGCCGCGCCUCGAGGGGAACUUCACCAAGUAUACAAGCAACUUCGGCGGCGUGUACAAGGGUUUUGAAAAGCGACUGAGUGCGGAGGAGGAGAAGAAGCGGCACCGCAUCCUCAUGGCGGUAGAGGCCUUCUCGCACUUUACCCUGGUGGAGAGCGGGGGCUCAAUGCUCGUGUGCGAUCUGCAGGGUGUUAAUGACUUCCUGACUGACCCGCAGAUUCACACAGAGGAUGGCAAGGGACUCGGGAUGGGCAACAUGGGGCAGGAGGGGAUCGACAAGUGGAUAGAGGCCCAUGUGUGCAACGAGGUGUGCAGGGCGAUGCAGCUCAAGCCUCUUUCGAAGACCCUGAAAAAUUUCCCGCGAACGACGGAGAAUGAGAGUCGCGGAAGCUACUAUCAGGUUUUGCGAACCAUGGUGCGUAGUCAGAUCCCAGUGCAGCACGAAGACAUAAUCCCGUUGUCAAAACCGCUGUCUGAGAUGUCUGAUGAGGAGCAGCUUGAGUACGCCAUGCAGCUCUCAGCACUCUUGUCGGAGUGA